UUAAAUAACGACUAUUGUUAGAUUCCUCUUGGUGAAAAUGAACAAAGAAGAAGAAGCGCGGGAAGCUUUACAAUGGCUACGCGGUAAUCAUUACGAUGUCAAAGAAGAAAUGAAUAACAUGAGAAUCGAGCAUCAAGCGAACGCGACGGAAAGAAAAACAACUAUCAUAGAACUUUUCACCGUCUCCUAUCUUCGAAAACCGCUCAUAAUUGCAAUUGUGAUGCAACUAUCACAGCAAUUGUCGGGUAUUAAUGCAGUGUUCUAUUACUCGACCCAACUGUUCAUAGCAGCUGGUAUUCCAGAAGAAUACACCGGACUGACAACAGUUGGGGUGGGCGUGGUUAACGUUGUCAUGACGAUUGUCAGUUUGUUACUGAUUGAACACGCAGGGCGAAGAAUCUUGCAUUUGAUUGGCUUAGGGGGGAUGUGUGUUUGCUCUGUUAUACUCGUGGUAAGUAGGAAUGUUAACAUUCAUUCUUUAUUGUCUUACUAGUAUCAGAGACCAGCC